UAAAUCUAAACAAACGAAUAUCGGUACCGUUGUAGCUGGAUCUGUUCAAGCUAUCAUCGGUGUCCUAUACAAAGACAAGGCACGUAUUUUCCCUCUUCGAUAUAAUGGACCUCAACACACAAAAAAAUUCAUCCACGAUCAUAUCUUAUCCAGAGAAGUUGAUAUGCAAGACAUCAUUCAAAUUAACGAUGUAAAAAGAGAGUUACAUGCUUUAAUGAGAAGGAAAAACCAAGAGCCCCCAAUCGCUAGGCUAAAAGGCGAAAGUGGUGCGCAUUCCGGUGCUCCUGUUUUCGUUGUCGGAGUUUAUUCAGAUGUUGAAAAGUUGGGCGAAGGAUUUGGAAGCUCGAAGGCAAUGGCCGAAUUCAGGGCAUUUAAAGAUGCUUUGAUGAAAUAUUACUUGACAGAGGUCAAAGAUUUUACAUUACCAUCCACAAUUAAUACACCUGAAAAGCAAAUUAGUUAUAUUCCAACAAUAGUCGGAGAUACGCCACCAAAACUAUAA